AUGCGAGGCGUGCAGAUUUUCUCGGGGACGUCCCACCCGACCCUGACGGAGUCGAUCUGCGAACGGCUGGGAGCUGUGCCUGCCCCCGCAGAGCUUAGGAAAUUCAGCAAUGGGGAGACGCUGGUCAAUAUCGGCAUCUCGGUUCGGAACCAGGAUGUUUACAUCGUCCAGAGCGGGAGCAGCAAGAUCAACGACAGUCUCAUGGAGCUGCUGAUCAUGAUCUCUGCUUGUAAGGGUGGAUCAGCGAAGUCCAUUACCGCUCGCUUACACCUGUCAAGUUACUUUCCUUAUUCUCGGCAGUCUAAAAAGAAGAGCCACCGGGGCUCUAUCACAGCUCGGAUGAUCGCCAAUUUGCUCACUAUCGCCGGGGUUGACCAUGUGAUCACUCUAGAUUUGCAUGCAUCCCAAAUGCAAGGAUUCUUUGGCAAGCCCGUCGAUAACCUCUUUGCGGAACCAUUGAUAGCACGCUGGAUUCGGAUGCAUGUGCCUGGAUGGCAAAGUGCUGUCGUCGUGAGCAAGAACGCCGGUGGUACAAAGAGAGUGACAUCUCUCGCAGACACAUUGAAGCUCAACUUUGGCCUCGUCACUACCGAUAGACGUAGACCACCGAAGGUCAAUAUAUCGAUGAGUGAUAGCAUGAUAUUCUUCGAUACAAUCGAGAAGGGCAAUGCAGCCAGAUUGCAUGCGGAGCUACCAACUUCAACUAUCCAUGAAGACAAUCAGGAGAGCGCGGUCGAUGAUUACUUCCUUUCCAAAUCUGCGGACACACUACGUCCAGAAACCCCGCCUUCUGCUCGCCGUCCAUCCGAACUAGAAGCUGCUGACUAUACCAACGACGAGCGGGCUCGUGAGGUUAUCACCGGCCGUCUUGUACAAGGGCAUUUGGUUGACGAUGACUAUGCUGAGGAUCUUACGCAGGUUGCAACUCCAGUCCCUCCGGCGGGCUCAGAGAGUGGGGAUAGCGAGAAAAUGAUUGAUCAGAUGACAUCGUCCAUCGUAUCUCUAAACUCUUUACAACCUGAUCAUGCACUAGGUGGCACAUAUGACGCAGCAGAAUCAGACGACGAUGAGGCGAACGCACACACACGUAUUAAAGAGGAACGAACGAUAACACUGGUCGGCGACGUUAAGGACAAACCUGUUUUUAUUGUUGAUGAUAUGAUCGACCGGAGCGGGUCUUGGAUUGCAGCAGCGGAAACCGUCGUCAGGAAGGGCGGUGCUAAGAAAGUGUAUUGCAUUGCUACACACGGUCUCUUUGGGGAUAAUUCUUUGGAGGAGAUGGAAGGCUGUAACGCAAUUGAUCAUAUUAUCGUCACCAGUUCUUUCCCUAUCCCAGACGACAAGAUUCGUCGGUCCAAGAAAUUAAUCGUCAUUGACAUCUCGACCCUUCUUUCGGAAAGCAUCCGGCGUCACCAUUAUGGUGAAAGGUGA